AUGGCUAUGGCUAUGCAAAGCGGAAUUGGGAUCUCCAAGAUCCUCAUCAUUGCUGGAGCAGGUUACACUGGCACGGUCCUCAUCAAAAACGGCAAAUUGUCCGAUUUAAUAGGCGACCUUCAGUUGCUGGUGAAGGGAUUGGAAAAAUCUGGGGAUCAGGCUGAAGGUGAAAGUGAAUAUGCUGAUGCAAUAGCUGCUCAGGUGCGUCGUCUGGCGAAUGAAGUUCGGCAAUUAACAUCAAGUAGGCCAAUCACAGUACUGAAUGGAGGUUAUGGACAAAGUAAUUUAUCAUCUCUUGUCGUUCCAGCUGCUGCCUUGGGUGCUUUGGGUUAUGGUUACAUGUGGUGGAAGGGGAUUUCAUUCUCAGAUCUUAUGUACGUGACCAAACAGAAUAUGGAAAAAGCGGUUGCAGAUUUAACAAAAAAGUUGCAGCAUGCCUCUGAUGUCAUUGCUGAUGCCAAGAAGCAUUUGAUCCAGAGAAUUCAGAAUUUGGAUGACAAAAUGAUCAAGCAGAUUGAUUUGGCCCGGUCAACAAAGGAUGAAGUUGCUGGAGUUCGAAGUACUAUAACUAGUCUCCACGAGGACUUGGGUUUCUUGCAACAAACUGUGGAACAAAUGGAUGAAAGGUUGACUACAUUGAGUUCUAAGCAGGAUUAUGCAAAUUAUGGACUGGCAUAUCUCAUUGAUUUUGUACAUGGAAAAAGCCGGAAAAUGCCUGAAUUUUUGCAGCAGGAACAACUGAAAGUUUCAGGGAAGUCACCUAAUUUGCUCACAUUUAAAGGAGCUCCAAAUCUGAAGGGUCUUAAAGACAUAGCAGAAACGUUGUCUAUUGGUUUAGACAGGUCAGCUUCAGAUACUAUCAUGCCUGAUGGCGGGGAUAAACUAGAGCAGCUACGGAGGCCAUUGCUGAGGACUUCUUCAACGCGAUGUUGA